GCGACGCUCCCUCAUUCCGCUACGAGCUGGACCGACUGAAGGAUUCACCGGAACUUCAGCCCGUGCGGCUGUCACAGUUUUAAAUAGGGGUUCGGUCCAAUAUGGCGGCAGACGGAUGGAAAUACUGAUGACAGUCCGAAAGAUCGCCUCGAUUUGUACGAUGGGCGCCAAUGCCUCUGCUUUGGAAAAGGAGAUUGGACCGGAACAGUUCCCUGUUAAUGAACACUACUUCGGACUGGUCAAUUUUGGCAACACCUGCUACUGUAACUCGGUGCUGCAGGCACUUUACUUCUGCCGGCCGUUUCGGGAGAAAGUGCUUGCGUAUAAAGUCCAGCCGCGCCGUAAAGAGAGCCUGCUCACCUGCCUGGCUGACCUGUUCAACAGCAUUGCAACUCAGAAAAAGAAAGUGGGAGUCAUUCCACCAAAGAAGUUCAUCUCCAGACUGAGAAAGGAAAAUGAAUUGUUUGACAACUACAUGCAGCAGGAUGCCCACGAGUUCCUCAACUACUUGCUCAACACCAUUGCAGACCUGCUGCAGGAGGAGAAGAGCCAGGAGAGACAGCAAAAUGGCAAGGUAAUGCAGAAUGGCGGUGGAGGAGGAGGCGGCGGGAGCGGCAGCAGCACAGGAGAGGCUGAAACAGAGGAAAAGACCCAGCAGACCUGGGUGCAUGAGAUCUUCCAAGGCACACUGACCAAUGAGACGCGAUGCCUCAACUGUGAAGCGGUAAGCAGUAAAGACGAAGACUUUUUAGAUCUUUCAGUGGAUGUGGAGCAGAAUACCUCCAUCACACACUGUCUUAGGGGUUUCAGCAACACAGAGACCUUAUGUAGUGAAUACAAGUACUACUGUGAACAAUGCAGAAGUAAACAGGAGGCUCAGAAAAGAAUGCGUGUGAAAAAAUUACCCAUGAUCCUUGCCCUGCACCUAAAGCGCUUUAAAUAUAUGGACCAGCUUCAUCGCUACACCAAGCUUUCCUACCGUGUGGUCUUCCCUCUGGAGCUGAGGCUCUUUAACACGUCUGGGGACGCCACCAACCCAGACCGAUUGUAUGACCUGGUGGCAGUAGUUGUUCACUGUGGAAGUGGUCCAAAUCGAGGUCAUUAUAUCACUAUAGUGAAGAGUCAUGGCUUCUGGCUUCUAUUUGAUGAUGACAUUGUAGAGAAAAUAGACGCCCAAGCGAUUGAAGAAUUCUACGGCCUGACAUCGGACAUCUCCAAAAACUCUGAGUCAGGGUACAUACUCUUUUACCAGUCUAGAGACUGAGACAAUGGGAGUGACUGACGGAAUUGGAGGGUGUGAUUCGUGAGGGACAGAAUCGGGCAGAUAGGGAGGCUUGGGCUCUGUUGCCUGGCUCAGCUCCCUUCUCCAUCCCCUCUCAGUCAAGUCCCUUUUCAUCCAGGCUUAUCAAUGGAGCUUUGCACCAGAGCAUCAGGCGGGUCCCAGUCAGGAGCAGUUGAUGCCAGAGUGACCUGGACACAGCACAGUUAUCACCAGGCAGAAGUAAUCGCGGUCUGGUUAGCUGUCAUCUCACUCGCCUGCUUCGUGUUGCUCGACACACACAAACGCACAUAUACACACAGCUGUGAAAUGAGCUACACGUACGUCAAUGAUGGCCUAAGAAUGGACGCUGUACAAAUGUCUUUUUCCCACCACACAAUAACAGGGUUCAUUUUGUUUAUUUGGGUCUUCAAUUCUUUGCAUCACAUUAUGUAUUGCCAUUCAUAACAUCAUGGUCAGUCUAAAAACCUUCACAUUGAUUUUCUUCAUCCUAUAGAGAAAACUGGCAUUUGCAAUGUCUAACCUGGCACAUCAUGCUAUUCAUGGUAACCAGCUAGUUAUGAAUGUGUAGCAGAACAAAUCAUUGUAACCGAGCAAUGUUAAGCAGUUCCGCAGGAACAGGGAAACCUGGUAGGGAUUGAAAGAUCAUGUAGGGGAUUUUGUGUGAAGUGAUGUUUUAUAGGACUGUGGAGUGAUGGGUGUGGUGCAGAGAGGAUUGUGAGGUGUAAAGUGUAAAGGAUGUGGCUUGACCUAAGAAUGCUUUUUUUGGUAUUCAUUGAAUGUAAAACAUUUAAAUAGAUAUUGUGCAAGCGAGUGUAAAAUUGGAUUUGUAUAUUGCACAUUUUAUGGUGCACUAAAUAUAGAGCGUGACCGAUGGAAAUGCAAGCUAGGGAUUUAUAUUAUUCUAAAUAUAAGUCCAUGUAUAUUGUAUAGUAACCAAAACUGCACACAUUUCCACUCGUAUUAUUAACACUGUGUCCCUUUGAGAUCGCCUUAUAAUGCUGACUUACUCAGUUCGGUCCGUUAAUAAAAGAAAAGUUGGAUGAUUCGACCAAGCUCGCUUGUCUAGGGCUGUACACUCCAUUAUAGAGACUUUAGCAGAUUGCAUUAAGUUCUGCGUAAUGUCAGUAACUCAUCCCUAGAUCUCUAUUGUCUUUUCCUCUGCCCUGUUAAUAGAUAAUGUUGUACCUGAACCUUAAUGGGAAAUGAAGCACAGCUGUAGGGUAAAGUACAAGUGUAUGUCUGUGCAAAUCUUUAAAACCCACAUGGCUGCUUUGCAGUGGUUAUAUUGGUUAAGAUCUGGUUAAAGCGUUUCAGUUAUGUUUCUAGUACAGUUCACCCUGUACUGGAUGAGCUCCUUCUCUCAUUUGGCCAGUAUAUAUGUAUGUCACCAUGCGAUUAGCACAAUUUUACACAUGCACCCGGCAAGGUCAGGUAUUUUCAGUCUUAAUCUUGCCAAUGUCCAUGCUUGAAAAGUACAAGGAGUUCCCAGAUUAAUUUUAUUAAAAAAAAUAGUUCAGACGAGAAUGAAUAAAGGUAUUUUACGUUCAGAGCUUUCCUGUGUAACAACACUGGUUUUAUUUGAUUGUUUAUUUGACAACCAUGCGCUUUAAUCUGUGAGAGAUCAUGACUGACAGUGCUGCUGAUUAUUAAUCCAUACAUCAUGUUGAUAUCAAUGCAUGCAUUGUAUAACAACUGUUGACAUUGUUAUAAAGCAUGUAAACAAACAUCACAGAGGCUUUAAGCAUUUUGCCGGUCAGUUAGCUUACUGGCAUUGUGCGUCUUCUUAAGUAGACUCAACUAUAUGUUCAAAUAAACUGACAUAUGGUGCCAUGUAAUUUACACAUUUACACAUGCUUUGUGAUGUGACAUCACUUUGAAUAAGGCUUACCCAAGCCGAGUUAACUGGAUUUUUUUUUUAUUUGCUUGUGAUUUAGUAGUUACGGGGAAGGAAUGUUUCUUUUAUUUGGGUUUAUUUAUGUGUAAUUAUAAAUGUUAUAUUAACUUUUUUUGACGCUCUCAUUUUUAUACAUUUUGCAAAUUAGUCCCUUGUCUGGACAUAGGCCAGGGCUCUUGAAUGACUGUUGAAUGAGAAACAUAAGGGUGAUGAUGUUUGCUUGGAAUUGUCAGAUCGAUGCCAUAAGCUUGAAACAAAACAUGAAGUCAUAUGAUAGUCAUAUAUACACAAUUACGCACUGAUCACUGUAACAGCACCCCGAGUGUUUGGUAGUUUUGCCAUUGGCAGGCAGACAGAAACUACAUAAAGUCAUGAGACAAAUGUAGUGGAAAGCUGUCACACUAACAUUCACGUAGAAUUUAGAGUGACACUAGUUUUGUGUUUCAUUCCUGCCCCUUUUCUUAACAUUGUCAAGAUGUUAAUUCCGUACUGCGUUUGAAAAAGUGCACUUUCGAUAAAGCAAUGUACAAAUUGUAAGCCGGAUGUAUAUUCUGGUUUUGGAGUGGAUGGUGUGGAUGAAAGUUGGGACUCAAUCACCCUGUCCCUAUAAUAAAAUAAACAAAAACGUGAA